AUGUCAGGACGACGAGCUACAGGAUAUGUCGCGGAAUCGACGGAUGGUCUCAUCCAGAUGGACCUACCACCUCUUAUUGAAUGUAAGGACACACCCAACGACAGAGAAGAAAUCCCCAUACCCGAGAUAGCGGAACACAUUCUUCAUUUAGCAGACAUAGCAAGUCAGAUCCCGCACCUGAACUAUGAUGCCCCUAUUGCACUCCUCAUUAGCAGAGAUAUGGUUGAUGCUCAUAGGGCCGCAUUCUCUGUGAAAGAAGCCUUCGGCUAUGAUGUCUGCGACUUUGUGCUCAACAACUUCUACGUUGACGAUGGUCUGCUGUCACUCCCCGAUGUGGAAUCUGCGGUUGAUAUUCUCAAAAGAACUCACAUAGAAGGAAUCCUGCGACUUCAUAAAAUCUCCUCCAACAGUCAGGAACUCAUGGAUUCUUUCCCAUCAGAGGAUAUAGCGGAAAAUCUGAAGAAUAUCAGCUGUCAGACCGAAAACCCACCACUUCAACGCAGUCUAGGCAUUUUCUGGGAUAUAUCUCGCGAAACAUUCACUUGCACAGUGUCCCUUGACAAGAAACCGUUCACAAAAAGAGGAGUUUUGUCGACUGUUGGAAGCCUCUAUGAUCCCCUUUGCCUCCUUGCACCUAUAACCAUCAAAGGAAAAAUGUUCUUCAGAAAUGUUAUAAAUAUGAAAAGUGGUUGGAACGCCCCUCUACCCUCUGAUCUUGAGAGAGAAUGGCAUCAGUGGUGGUGUUCCCCGAAGGAGCUCGAGAUCCUCAAUAUACCUCGCUGCUACGGUAGUGGCACAACCGGAAAGAAUAUAAAUGAACUUCAUGUCUUCUCUGAUUCAUCAUCAGAAGCCAUCGCAGCAGUAGCCUUCUUGCGGACAAUCAACUGUGAAGGACAGACUGAGGUCUCGUUUGUCCUGGGAAAGGCGAAGUUGGCAUCAGCUGGAGGACACACUAUCCCUCGCUUGGAGCUAUGUGCGGCAGUCCUUGCCACUCAGAUAAAGGACACGGUGAUCGUUAGUCUGCACCUGGAUAUCAACAAAGUGUAG